GCGGGCGGGGUUUUGGAAGGGAGUCGUGCAGACAUGGCGGAGCUGGAGACAGCGGCAGAACAUGAACGGAUUUUACGGGAGAUUGAGAGCACAGAAACGGCCUGCAUUGGGCCUACACUGCGGUCCGUCUACGAUGGCGAAGAGCACGGCCACUUCAUGGAGAAGCUGGAGGCGCGGAUUAGGAAUCACGACCGCGAGAUCGAGAAGAUGUGUAACUUCCAUUACCAGGGCUUCGUGGACUCCAUCACCGAGCUGCUGAAGGUCAGAGGCGAGGCGGAGAAGCUCAAGAACCAAGUGACCGACACCAACCGGAGGCUGCAGCUGGACGGCUCCGAGUUAUUGUCCUCGAUGAAGGAGCUGCAGCAAUGUCGGGUCCAGCAGCGGAACAUCGCGGCCACCGUGGACAAGCUGAACAUGUGCUUGCCGGUGUUGGAAAUGUACAGCAAGCUGCGAGUGCAGAUGAAGACUAAAAGACAUUACCCGGCCCUGAAGACGCUGGAGCAGCUGGAGCUCAGAUAUCUGCCCCAGGUCAGCCAUUACCGCUUCUGCCAGGCGAUGGUGGACAACAUCCCCAAACUCCGCGAGGAGAUCAGAGAAGUCUCCAUGUCGGACCUCAAAGACUUCUUGGAAAGCAUCCGGAAGCACUCGGAGAGGAUCGGGGAGAUGGCCAUGAAGCAGGCUCAGCAGCAGAGGAGUAUGGACAAUGUUCUGUCUCUUCAAACCAAGUGCGGCAUCGGCAAGCGGUAUAAGAGGGACAAGUGCCCGAGCCCGGAGGUGAACGGCACCAGCCCCAUGUCGGAGCAGGAUUCUGGCAUCCUGGACGUGGAGGACGAGGAGGAAGAGGAUGAGGAGGCACCGGGCGCUCAGGAUUUGGUAGACUUCUCACCCGUGUAUCGCUGCUUACACAUCUACUCGGUGCUGGGUUCGAGGGAGAUAUUUGAGAAUUACUACAGAAAGCAGAGAAGAAAGCAGGCCAGACUCGUGCUGCAACCACCGUCCAAUAUGCAUGAAACGUUAGCCGGAUACCGGAAAUACUUCCACCAGAUAGUAGGCUUUUUCGUGGUGGAAGAUCACAUCCUGCAUACCGCCUUUGGCUUGGUUAAUAGAGCCUACAUCGAUGAGCUGUGGGACUUGGCGCUCUCCAAAACCAUGGCAGCUCUGAGGACGCAUUCAUCGUAUUGCUCGGACCCCAACCUGGUGUUACACCUGAAGAAUCUCAUUGUCCAUUUUGCAGACACGCUCCAGGGUUAUGGCUUCCCCGUCAACCAGCUCUUCGACAUGCUGCUGGAGAUCCGCGAUCAGUACGGGGAGAUUCUGCUGAAGAAGUGGGCGCAGGUGUUCCGGAACAUUCUAGAUGCUGAUAACUACAGCCCGAUCCCGGUCGGUGACGAAGAUGCCUUCCGGAAGGUAGUGGGGCAGUUCCCCUUCCACGACGCCGACUUGGAGAAGCAACCUUUUCCCAAAAAGUUCCCGUUUUCCGAAUUCGUGCCCAAAGUAUACAACCAGAUCAAGGAGUUCAUCUACGCCUGCCUGAAGUUUUCUGAAGACCUGCAUUUAAGCUCCACAGAGAUAGAUGACAUGAUCCGAAAGUCCACCAACCUGCUCCUGACCCGGACGCUGAGCAACUGCCUGCAGAACGUCAUAAAGAGGAAGAACGUGGGGCUGACGGAGCUCGUGCAGAUCAUUAUAAACACCACGCACCUGGAAAUUUCAUGUAAAUUCCUGGAAGAGUUUAUCACCAACAUAACCAACGUGCUUCCAGACACCGUGCACACCACCAAACUCUACGGCCUGACCACGUUCAAGGACGCCCGCCAGGCUGCGGAGGAGGAGAUCUACACCAACCUGAACCAGAAGAUCGACCAGUUCCUGCAGCUGGCAGAUUACGACUGGAUGGCCUCGGAGUCCGGCAAUCAGGCCAGCGACUAUCUGGUGGACCUCGUUGCCUUCCUGAACAGCACGUUCGCCGUCUUCACCCAUCUGCCUGCACCGUCUGACACGCACUCCAGGAUGCCGGGGAAGGUGGCCCAGACGGCCUGCAUGUCUGCCUGCAAACAUCUCUCCACGUCCCUCACGCAGCUACUGCUGGAGGCCGAGGUGAAGCAGAUCACCAUGGGGGCUCUGCAGCAGUUUAACCUGGACGUCAAAGAGUGCGAAGGGUUUGCCAAAUCCGGACCUGUGCCGGGCUUCCAGGGGGACACGCUGCAGUUGGCCUUCAUCGACUUAAGACAACUUUUAGAUCUCUUCAUUAAAUGGGAUUGGUCCACUUACCUGGCCGACUACGGGCAGCCCACGUGCAAGUACCUGAGAGUUAACCCCACCACCGCGCUCACCUUACUCGAGAAGAUGAAAGACCCCAGCCGCAAGAACAAUGUUUUUGCCCAGUUCCGGAAGAACGAGAGGGACAAGCAGAAGCUGAUCGAGACCGUGGCCAAGCAGCUCCGAAGCCUCAUCAACACUCACCAUUCAUGAGCGGCGACUCGGAGGCCGUCAUACGCUGAAUGGAUCGGCGCUCGCCCCCUGGCGCCAUAUUAUUCCUCUCCUGGGCGGCGGAUUACCUUUACCUUCCGCAGCGUAGCAGGCGUUACCGUUUCUAAGGGGUUUCAGUAGCCCGGGGGGAUUUCUUCUUUCUAAGGGGGGGAGACUUUUUCUCUCCGGCUUUUCCUCGCCAGGUUUUGGGUUGGAUUGCGCUGAUGCAGCCAUUUCUUUUGGCAAAAUUUACAAUAUUAGGAAGCUUCGGAAAAGGUGUUUUUUUUUGUUUUGU